AUGGCCAAAGUGAAGCAGGUGGGCUUGCUGGCAGCAGGCUGUCAGCCCUGGAAUAAAGAUGUGUGUGCUGCUAGUGGAGACCGCUUUGCCUACUGUGCUACUUUGGCAAUAUACAUCUACCAGUUGGACCAGCAGUAUAAUGAAUUUAAGUUGAGGUCCAUCAUGUCAGAGCACAAGAAGACCAUCACAGCCAUCAGCUGGUGUCCAGACAACCCUGAUCUCUUUGUGUCAGCCUCUGCUGAUAACCUACUCAUCAUAUGGAAUGUAGCAGAACAAAAAGCUGUAGCAAGACUGGACAACACUAAAGGUGUCCCUACAUCAGUCAGUUGGUGCUGGAACUCAACUGAUGGAGUGGCAUUUGUCUCCCAGCGCGGUCCACUGUAUAUCUGGGUUUAUGGAGGUCCUGACCCCAGAGUUACAGUGCAUAAAGAAGCCCACUCCUUCCUGUCUGAUAUCUGUCUCUUCAGAUGGCACCCCACCAAAAAGGGCAAACUGGUGUUCGGACACACAGACGGAAGUUUGUCAAUUUUUCAGCCAGGGAGUAAAAGCCAAAAGCAUGUGUUGCGUCCUGAGUCGUUAGAGGGGACAGAUGAAGAGGACCCAGUCAGUGCUCUGGAAUGGGACCUUUUGUCAACUGACUAUUUACUAGUCUCCAAUCUCCAUAAUGGUAUCAGGCUAGUGGACAGUGAGGCCUUGGCUUGUAUCACGUCCUUCUGCUUCCCCUCAUCUGCUGCAUCCGUUCAGUGUUUGGCUUGGGUCCCCUCUGCACCAGGCAUGUUCAUCACUGGAGACUCCCAGGUUGGAGUGUUGAGAGUAUGGAAUGUGUCUCGUGCCACUCCUUUGGACAGUUUUAAACUGAAAAAGACUGGAUUUCAUGCUUUGCAUGUCCUCAACUCCCCUCUUGCCAAGAAAGCUCAGAGUUCCUGUUCUCCCAGUAAAAGUCAGCACACCAGUUCCACCAGCGAGGCAGUACCUCCCCCAACCCUGUCACAGAACCGGUCCUUCUCUCUGCCUCCGGGCCAUGCUGUGUGCUGUUUCAUGGAUGGAGGGGUGGGACUCUAUGACAUGGGGGCCAAGAAGUGGGACUUCCUGCGAGACUUGGGUCAUGUAGAGACUAUCUUCGACUGUAAAUUUAAGCCAGAUGAUCCAAACUUGCUGGCCACAGCUAGCUUUGAUGGAACUAUCAAAAUCUGGGACACAAACACACUAACAGCUGUUUACACCUCCCCUGGCAACGAAGGAGUAGUCUACUCCCUGUCCUGGGCUCCAGGAGACCUGAACUGCAUUGCAGGGGCGACGUCUCGUAAUGGAGCAUUCAUCUGGGAUGUCAGGAAAGGAAAGAUCAUCACUCGCUUUAAUGAGCAUGGUAAGAAUGGUAUAUUUUGUAUAUCAUGGAGCCAUAAGGAUUCGAAAAGGAUCGCUACCUGUAGUGGAGAUGGAUUCUGUAUCAUCCGGACUAUCGAUGGAAAAAUCCUCCAUAAGUACAAACAUCCUGCUGCUGUAUUUGGAUGUGACUGGAGCCAGAACAACAAGGACAUGAUAGCAACAGGCUGUGAGGAUAAAAAUGUCCGUGUGUACUACCUGGCCACCAGCUCCGAUCAACCUCUGAAGGUCUUCACUGGGCACUUGGCGAAAGUAUUCCAUGUUCGCUGGUCUCCACUGAGAGAGGGGAUACUCUGUUCUGGAUCAGAUGACGGUACUGUUCGUAUAUGGGACUACACACAGGAUGUGUGUAUCAAUGUGCUGAGUGGUCAUAAAGCUCCAGUCAGAGGCUUGAUGUGGAACACAGAGAUUCCUUACCUUCUCAUUUCAGGUUCUUGGGAUUAUACAAUCAGAGUGUGGGACACAAGAGAUGGCACAUGUCUAGAUACAGUCUAUGACCAUGGAGCCGAUGUCUAUGGUUUAACAUGUCAUCAGAGUCGUCCCUUUACCAUGGCCAGCUGUAGCAGAGACAGUACAGUGAGGCUGUGGUCUCUCACACCCCUCAUCUCUCCACUGCUGCUGAACAUCCUUACUGACCAGCCAUGGGAAAAGAUCAUAGGAAACACAGACACUGCUAUGGUUCCCAGCUCACCACCGCUGCUCUGUGGUAAAGUGUCUCGAGACAUUAAGCAGGAGUUGGAUAAACUGACCUUAGACACCAGGGCCAAGAAGCUACGCUGGUUUUCUGAAAGCUUUUCGCCUCCAGGUGGCAGCAGUAACCUGUGGGACUUGGUGUCAGUCAUUAACGGCCAGGACGACUCACUGCUCCCAGCCAGCUACAGCAAAGGAGUGAUGCACAUGAAACACCUGCUCAAGUUUAAAACGUCUGAAGCGCAGGAGCUCACUAUAGUCAAGAUGUCUAAAUUUGGAGGAGGUAUUGGAGCUCCAAGUAAAGAGGAAAGGCUGAAAGAAGCAGCAGACAUCCAUCUGAGACUGGGACAGAUUCAGCGAUACUGUGAAUUAAUGGUGGAGCUAGGGCAGUGGGAGAAAGCAUUAUCUGUGGCACCAGGAGUCUCCAUGAAGUACUGGAAGAAACUCAUGCAGAGGAGAGCUGACCAGCUGAUGGCUGAGGAUAAUGAUGACGCUAUCCCAUACUGCAUCGCCACAGGAGAAAUAAAAAAACUUGUAACUUUCUUCACUGGCAGAGGACAGCUGCUAGAAGCCUUAAUAAUAGCACAGGGAGCAUGUGAAGGCAACAUUCGGACACCUCAAAGCUCCCCAGUCAACCACACAACUAAUGAUGUGGACAACAGACAACAAUACCAGAGUCUCCUCCAUAAGGUAUGUAAGGAACUAGCUGAGUGGUACUUCCAGGACGGCUGCUCUGUCCUGGCAGCAUGCUGCCACCUAGCUGUGGACAAUGUCAAGUUAGCCAUGUCUAGUUUGAUCCGAGGUAAUGAGUUGGAGUUGGCUGCAUGUGUGGGUCUCGUCCUAGGAGAGGUUGCCAAUCAGAGCACUGCAUACUGCCUUGAACUCUUGGCCAGGAAGUACAUGACUGCACCUACAUGGGAGCGCUCAGCUGACCUGCUGCAAAUGAUUCCUGAGAACCACAUUUUAUUGGCUAAGCUGUGUGCAUUUUACCCAGGAAGUGCUGCUGAAAUCAACCAAUUACAUGAAAGGUGCGGUCUCCCUUCAUUAGAGGAGUGCAAGGCCUUGGCAGAAGCAGCUAUGUGUGAAGGAGAUUUGUUUUCAGCAGUUAAAUUCCACCUGCUGAGCUCUGAACCUGAGAACGCCCUUCAGAUAGGGAUAGAUCACAUUAAAGAACAGCUGACAGGAUCUGACUGGACAGUGGACAGUGUUCAGCCAAUCCUAGACCUGAUGAGUUACGUCAGAACUGACCGCCUUAUCAUGGCCAGACUGACUGAAUCCCGCAGUGAGCUGCUGAUCCUGUGUGGUUAUAUUGGAGGUCUGCUGGCCAUUAGAAGACAGUACUUCAGCAUCGUACCUGCACUCUAUGAAUACACCAGUCAGUUGUUAAAGCGGAGGGAGGUGUGGGUUCCUUUGAAGAUUGAGCAGCUGUCUGUGGAGCUGGAUGCCUGGCGGGCCUGCACACAAAGUAACAGCAAUCCUCCAUCAGAUUAUCAAAGAGAGGAGUUCAGCUGCCUCGAGAGGAGAAUCCAGCCGGCAGACUCUGCUGCGUUAGUCUUGUGUGGUGCUGAUUAUGUGACAGGAUCCAAUCUGCCAAGCCACUCAGAUGUUCAGCUAUCGUGUUUCACUGGACACAGAAUACAGGGUCCAGUGUUUUUGCUAGAGGAUGGUAAAUCAGCGAUAUCCCUUAAUGAUGCUCUAAUGUGGGCAAAAGUUAACCCGUUUUCCCCUCUGGGAACAGGACUCCGCAUCAAUCCCUUCUAACACACACACACACGCACACACACACACAAACACAAGCGCACACACACACACACACACAUACACUCACACACACACAUUCCAUCACUUCAGAGGACAUCACAUAGACACAUAGGGUACAUCCCACAUCUCUUAUUUGAUAUUUCCUUGCUUCGUGCUCCUCACUUGAACUGGAAGUUGUUCCAAAGCUCGGAUUUGUACUGUGAGGAACAAGGAGGGAUCGCUGAGGAGCAAUGAGCAAGGAUACAGGAGAGCAGCCUUCACAGAAGUCUUUUACUGGCCAACAUGUCCCUUUAUUGGAUAUCCGUUAUUGAUUGGACACUGCAGCUGAUUGAACUGAUCUGAUACAUCACAACAUCACUGGAGUUUCAUACAAGAGUGAAGACAGAUAACUAAUUAAACUCAUGUGUAUUGCUCCAAAGUUUUCAUAUUUUAUUUGUUUUCUGAUUCAUCAUCCAGUUACAAAUCUGUUGUUCUUCUUAAUACAAAUAUUAAUUGUAGGUCUGAACAACAAAACAAAACCAAACUGUUAUGAAGAAGAUUUUUUUCUUUACAUGAUCUGUCAUUUCCCACAUUGACUUUUAUUGUGGACAGAAAGUCAGAGAGAGCACAGGACUCUGUCAGUCAGUCAGCAAGAAUCAUUUCUCUUCAUUUCCAUUCUGUCACAUGUGAAGCUGAUGAGUGUUGGGGGUAUGAGUGACAUAAAUUAAUGUGCCUGAAACGUGUAGCCCAAUAAAUCAUUUCCAGUGUUAAAAAGACACCAUAAUCAUUAAAUCAAUUCAUUGUCAGAAUAUCAAUAAAUACAUGUAAAUAAUGAAUAAAUAAUCCAAACACAUUCUGCCAAUAGAAAUGGUUCAUGUGAAGGCAACGCUGCUGUGGCACUGAUAACUGUGUGCCUUUAUUAGCAUUAGCACAGUGCGCACAGACACAAAUUCAUCACCAGUCUCUACAGCUCUGAAGGCUGCCUUUGUCAUCAGAAAUAGAGACAGCUUCACGUGAUGUUUCAGAGGAAAGGACAUUUAAUUUCACUAAAAACAUAUUUCCUCAUUUCCUCUCUCCUCACAUACUUGGUCUCACCAUGCAUCCCAGGUGGAAAGUUAACAUGCAUGCAAUUUUAGAGACUGGGGUGUAUCCACUGACUUACAUUCAUUUCCUGGAGACGUACCCCAACCUUAACCCUAACCACUACUUGCCUAACCCCAACCAUUACCCUGACCUUAACUCAUGUCUUCAUCAUGUGUUUUGUCCUCAAAACGCAAGUCCCCAAGCAAGUGAAACCAUGUCCACACACACACACACACACACACACACACACACACAUAGGACAUUCCAAGGGAAGGGUAAACAUAUUGGAACAAAGAAAGAAACAAAAGCCAGAGAGUGAAAUGUAGUAAUGGAAUAGAAAAAUGAAAAUUAAUAAUAACUGUUUUGUUUUUCAGCUAAGUGGCCAACUCCAUUGUAUAAUUUACUCAGCCAACAUAUGUAGUUACAUCAAUGAAUAAUACCUUUGUGUCUGAGGAUCGUUCUGUUUCAAACAAGGGCAUGGUUUUGGUAGAUUUUGAUAUUGGCUAGCUUAGCUGUCACUUGAUGAAAAAUUAGCUGACAUCGUGCUUUAUUUGUGAAGAGGGAUUCUUAUUGAAUAAGAUAUGUGAUUUAUUUGGUCUUUUCUCCAGCUAGCAAUUUCUCAAAAUGUGAGCAUG